AUGGCCGGUCCGAACAACGGACUCGUUCUAUAUCACUACUCAUUCUCCCCAUUUGCCAGGAGAAUCCUGUGGUAUCUCAGCCUCAGAGGUUUGGACUAUGCUGAGUGUAAACAACCGCCGGUCAUGCCUCGACCGGAUCUCAGUGUCUUGGGUGUCAAGUACAGAAGAAUCCCUGUAAUGACCAUCGGCCGUGAUGUCUACUGCGACAGUCGCAUCAUCCUUCGCAAACUGGAAGAGUUGUUCCCAGAGGGCGCUCUGGGUGCAUCAAGCGGCGAAGAGAAGGCCAUUGAGAAAUUUCUGGAGAUCUGGAGCAUAGAGGGAGGGCUCUUCACACGGGCAUCGCAGCUGAUCCCGACAAGCAUGCCGCUUUUGAACGACCCCAAAUUCACCAAAGACCGAGAAGAGUAUUCUGGCCGACCAUGGAGCAAGGAACACAUUGCCGAGAAUAGACCGGAGGCUUUGGCAGCCAUCAGAAGCGGAUUUAAGUUCCUCGAAACCACUUUGCUGGCUGACGGGCGGAAUUGGGUACUCAAGACGGAAAAGCCGACUCUGGCCGACAUUGAAGCUAUCUGGACCUUUGAUUGGUUGAAUGGACUAAAAGGGGCUCUUCCCCGGGAGUUGAUCUCUGACAAGAAAUAUCCCAAGGUAUUUGCGUGGAUUGCCAGGUUCAAUGAUGCUCUCAAAGUUGCCAAAGCCCAGGCGCCGAAACCGGCCUCUUUGAAAGGUGACGCUGCGGCUGAGCGGAUCCUCAACGCUUCCUUCGUGGACAAGGACUUGGGCGUCGACCCCGCAGAUCCUCUCGGUCUGCCGCAAGGGACUGAGGUGGAAGUGUUUCCAAUUGACUCAGGCACCCAACAUCAUGAUCGCGGCCGCCUUGUUGGGUUGACAGAGGAUGAAGUUGUCCUGAGCACCCAAGCCAAGGGUAAGGAAGUCCGCCUGCAUUUCCCCCGGACCGGGUUCCGCAUCAAAGCAGUCACUGGUGGAGGUGCGUCGAAACUGUGA